AUGACAUUUUUCAAAACGCGUUCUGCUGUUUGGACACUAAAGAUCCGGCAGGCUGCGCGAACAAACAGAAUGGCGUCUGAGGUUUCGAGAUAUAUCCAUGAGCGCCUGUUCGACAGCGUACAGGUGGUACUGUUCACAGACGUAAUGGCCGAAUUCCAACUCUCCAGCGGACGCGCCAAGGCCGAAAUGUACCAGUUUUACCGCACCACCUCAUCGAAGGUGAACUGCGUGAUAGUGUGCUGCUACGCGGGCGGCGUUGUCAAGGUCGUGGAGGAGCUCGGGACGUUCGAGCGCACGGACGACCUGCUGGAUGCAUUUAUCUACGCAUUCAACCCAAUGCAGCAAUUUGCGCCCGUGAACGCACUUGCUCGUCGGCCCGUGGGCGUAGCCAACUGCUUCGAGCUGCGCGUCGAGGAGCCGCAGGUCGUCGCCUCUCAGGCCGAGGAAAGCAAACCCCAGCAGCCGCGCGCCGCGGCGAACCGUGCGCACACCGUGCCACAACGCGCCGCGCCCUCUGCCGUCAAGCAGAAGGCCAGCGGUGUUACAAAGACUGGAGGCCUGCGAUCGACAGCGCUUCUGCAAAAGAUGCGCCAGGAGCGCGAAGAGCGUGAGCGUGCCCGCCACGAGGAGCUGCAGCGCCGCAAGCAGGCGCGCGAGGAGCAGCUGGCCAACGAUCCGCAGCGGAAGCGCGAAAUGGAGGAGCUAGCGUCGAUUUUCGACAGCGACGAAGAAGAGCACACAGCAGGCCAGCAGCCCUCGAGCGAGCCACCCAGUGACACUCGAGCUGAUUCUGAGCCCGAACCCCAGCCCGAGCCGGAAUCGCAGGACCGAAACACCGCCGCUGCCGCCGGCCGCGAGCCCAUCAGCCAAGCAGAGCUCGGCGAACUGCUGGAAACCACCGCUGAGGAAUCGCUGAUCGAGACAGCCCCGCCCCCAGCGGCUCCUGUAGAUGCCGAGCCCGAGACCUACGUCGACGAAGAAGGCUACACUGUCACCAGAAGACCCGCGCAGCGCGCGUCCUCCACCCCGAGCAAACGCGCGCGCAGCUCGCCAAGGGCUGCGGCGCCGGCCUCCACACCACAGCAGUCCAAGAAGCGCAAACAGCAGUCACUCAUGAGCUUCUUCAGCAAGCGCAAGUAG